AUGGGAAAAGGCGGUUCACUCAGCGAUGGAGUCAUCAAGAAGAUCAUCCUCUCCUACACAUACGUCGCGAUCUGGAUCUUCCUCAGCUUCACCGUAAUCGUCUACAACAAAUACAUCCUCGACAAGAAGAUGUACAAUUGGCCUUUUCCGAUCACACUCACCAUGAUCCACAUGGCUUUCUGCUCUUCCCUCGCCGUUAUCCUCAUCAAAGUCUUCAAAGUCGUCGAGCCAGUUUCAAUGUCACGAGAUACCUAUCUCAGAUCUGUCGUACCAAUCGGGGCCUUGUACUCACUCUCUCUCUGGUUAUCGAAUUCCGCUUACAUUUACCUCUCCGUCUCCUUCAUUCAGAUGCUUAAAGCCCUAAUGCCUGUCGCCGUUUACUCGAUCGGAGUUUUGCUUAAGAAGGAAUCGUUUAAAUCGGAGACGAUGACUAAUAUGCUCUCGAUCUCUUUCGGUGUUGCGAUUGCUGCUUAUGGUGAAGCGAAAUUCGAUACUUGGGGAGUUAUGCUUCAGCUUGGUGCUGUUGCUUUUGAAGCUACGAGGUUGGUUUUGAUUCAGAUCUUGCUCACUUCUAAAGGAAUCAACCUUAAUCCGAUUACUUCUCUGUAUUACGUUGCUCCUUGUUGUUUGGCUUUCUUGUUCUUCCCUUGGAUCUUCGUAGAAUUGCCGGUUCUUAGGGAAACGUCGAGUUUUCACUUCGAUUUCGUUGUUUUCGGAACGAAUUCGUUAUGUGCAUUCGCUUUGAAUCUUGCUGUGUUCCUCCUUGUUGGGAAAACCUCGGCUUUGACUAUGAAUGUUGCUGGUGUGGUCAAGGAUUGGCUCUUGAUUGCGUUUUCUUGGUCUGUGAUUAAAGAUACGGUUACGCCGCUUAAUCUGUUCGGUUACGGGCUUGCGUUUUUGGGUGUUGCGUAUUACAAUCACUGCAAGUUGCAGGCAUUGAAGGCUAAGGAUGCUCAGAAGAAGGUUCAGCAAAGUGAUGAAGAAGCUGCUGGGAAGCUUUUGGAAGAGAUGGAAAGUGAAAAUGCUGGAAAAAGAAACGAAACCGAAGACUGA